AUGUCCUCGCGCACAGCAUCCCUCCGCUCACUCUCACGCGCAACGGCGACAACGACGGCGACCUCCCCGGGAAUCCGCCUGUUCUCAGCCACCGCGCGCCGAGCCGCGCCCUCCGCACAUCGCGCGCUCGUCUUCCGCGAGCACGGUGCUCUCAACGACGCGCUCUCUGCGCACACCUUCCGCGCCCUCUCGCCGCCCGGGCCAGGGCGCGUCAACGUCCGCGUGCGGCUCGCACCCGUCAACCCGAGCGACGUGAACGUCGUCGAAGGCGUCUACCCGAACAAGCCCUCGCCCGAGACACUGCUUCCGCCCGACUCUGGCGGCACACAAGACUUCAGCGUCGCGGGCGGCGAGCCCGUCCAGAGCGUGGAUGGAGGUGAAGGCACGGGGGAGGUGUACGUGCCCGGGAACGAGGGUGUCGCGGAGGUCACGGCGGUCGGCGAGGGCGUGAGUGGGCUGGAGGUCGGGGACUGGGUCGUCUUUGCGAAGACGCAGCCGGGGACGUGGGCGAGUGCGCGGCAGGUGGGGGCGCGGGAUGUGAUCAGGGUGGACAAGGAUGCGGGCGAGGUCACCGCUGCGAUGCUGUCUGUCAAUCCGCCGACGGCCUUGUGUCUCUUGCGGGAGUUUGUGCCGCUGAAGGAGGGAGACUGGAUCGUGCAGAAUGGCGCCAACAGUGCGGUCGGCCAGCUCGUCAUCCAGAUCGCCGCCCAGCGGGGCAUCCGCACUCUCAACUUCGUCCGCAGCCGGGAAGAACAGGCCAACAACGCGCUCGUGAAGCACCUCGGCGCACUCGGUGCAACGCAUACGUUCACGUACGACGCGCUCGCCGACCGCACGCUCACCGCGCACAUCAAGCAACUCACCCACACCGCCCCGCCGCGCCUGCUGCUGAACUGCGUGUCCGGCCCGCAGACGACGGGGCUGCUCCGGCUGCUCGGGCAGGACGCGCAGCUCGUGUCGUACGGCGCGAUGUCGAAGCAGCCGCUCGCGCUCCCAGCGGGCGCGCAGAUCUUCCGUGGCCUCGUCGCGCGCGGCUUCUGGAUGAGCGCGUGGUAUGCGGCGCACGCGCGCAAGGAGCGCGAGGCGCUCUUGGAGGAGGUCGUCCGGCUGAAGUUGGAGGAGCCGAGGCAUACCGUGUUUACGGUGCAGGCGGGGUGGAGCGACGAGGAGGCGGGGAGGAGGGUGAGGGAGGCGCUGGGCGUGCAGGGGAGGAGCCCGGGUGGGGAGAAGGUGUUGUUGAGGGUUGAGGACCCCGUGGUGUGA